AAAAAAUCGGAGGAUAACAAGAAGUCUUAAUUUGUUCACCAAAAGAGGAAACCCCGUCCUCUGCUGUGCAGCUCCAAAUCUCUGCUGGUGAGACUGAGAGGACUGUGACAGUGUUUCAGACCAUGGGAGUUUAUUAUGGGAUGUUGGUUCUGGUGGGCGUGGCCUCACUUCUGACCUCUGUCCAAUGUGACGUGAGCUGCAGAGGAACUGACGGACACGUAGGAGUUAACGGAGCCCCAGGCAGAAAUGGAUUACCUGGAGCGAAGGGAGAGAAAGGAGAGCCAGCUGCGAUGGUGGAAGGAUUAGAUCCGGACAACCUCCUUAGGUUGAAGGGGGAGGCUGGGAGUCAAGGUCCGCAAGGUCCUACAGGUCCUAAAGGUUACCGUGGAGUUCUGGGAGAAGCUGGUCGCCCAGGAAACCCUGGUCGUCCCGGGCCAAACGGAAGAAACAUUGGCCAAGGGGGACGACGCCUCCAGCAGCAGACGCAUUCAGCUUUCUCAGUGAAGAGGACAGAAAGAACAUAUCCUCCCUACAACCAGAUUGUCAACCAGUGGACCACCGUGGUCAAUAAUCCCGGGGACUUUGACACAACCACGGGUCAGUUCACAUGCAGAAUACCUGGAGUUUACUACUUCAACUUCCACUCUACUGCAAAGGCCAGCAUCUGUCUGAAUAUUGUCAGUCAGGCUCUGCCAAACAAGCUGGGAUUCUGUGAUUACAACAAGAACCAGGAUCAGACUCUGUCGGGCGGCGUGGUGUUGGAGCUGGCGGUGGAUCAGCAGGUUUGGCUCGAGUCGUUCAGGGACCAGCAGACGGCCGCUGAUGCAGCAGACAAUAGAGAUAAAAUGAUCAUCUUUAACGGCUUCCUGCUCUUCUACAACACAGAAUAAAGUUCUGUCAUCCUGCAGAUGUUUCAGAGCAGGAUCUUCAUCAUAACUCAGUGUUACUGUUUGACACCUUCUUUUUGAAAUGUGGCUCACAUAUCCACUUUUUAAACUCAUGAAAUGCUCCUUUAAUGUUGUCUGAAUGCUUGACCACCUAAACUUUGUAGACAUGCUUUGGUGUUGUUUAUAAGCUCUGAUAUUAAAACUCCUUUUUAAUGUCAUCUUCAUUCAUUAAACUUUAAUCAAAUAAAUGAAGAUAAAACUUGUCGUCCAUUUCUAUCAUGAAGUCGUGUUUAAUGCACAGUUAUUCAAAGAUCGACUAAAACUGUUCUACUGCAGAAAUAAACAACUAUGGGAGAUACAUAAAUAAAAUUUAUAACAGUUUAA